AUGGCCCCCAAGCCAGCUACUAGAACAACACGAUCAAGGACAUUCAACGCGAAAGGGGGCUCGAAAUCCUUCAAUUCCAAGCCCCACGUUGAGGACGGCGAAGACAGCGCGCUUGAGGAUACCGUCGAGGACGCGUUCGAAGCGCAAGACCUUGACAGCGAUGCGCUAGAUGAGGACUCUGAGGAUGCCGCACCGAAGAAACGAUCUCGGAAGCGCAAACGAACAUCCCUCAAGGCCAGCCCGAAGAAAGCCGGGUCUCGCGCGAAAUCUAACAAAGAAGCGUCACCCCGGAAGAAGCGCAAGACGGAGGACCAUAGCGACUACGAGAGCGGGCUGGACUUGGUGGAAGGGCAGGAAAUUGUGGGAGUCGUCGUUCAGGCGCUGAAGACAGGACGAGUGCCUCCUGGCCAGGUGUCGAAGAACACACUUGAUUUCUUGGCCGAGCUCAGGAAGCCCGCAUGCAACGAUCGUGAAUGGUGCGUUAUGCUCACUCCCUCAGAACCCGUCUAUCGUCUCGCGGAAAGCGAAUUCAAGGCGUUUGUUACGACCUUCACCGACCUUUUAGUCGAAGUUGACCCCCAAAUCCCCCAUCUACCUCCGAAAGAUGUCAUUCAUCGAAUCUAUCGCGACGUUCGCUUCAGCAAUGAUAAGACACCUUACAAAACCGGGCUUUCGGCGAGUUUCUCAAGAAGCGGCCGCAAAGGCAUUUUCGCCGUGUGUUCCGCGUCUCCACUUCGUGCACCUUCCUCCACGAUAUUCGUUUCUGACACCCCACCAGUCAAAGCCAACGGCGAAAGCGUCAUCGCAGUCGGGUCCUGGCACCCCGGAAAGAACGAGCUCGCCACAAUGCGCCACAACCUCCAGCGCUCCUCCCGCCGCCUGCGCGCCAUCAUCUCCUCCCCCGACUUCGAGGCGCUCUUCGGCCCCGCGCGCCCCCACCCGAAGGGCGCCCGGCAGAGCGUGUUCGGGAUGGAGGACGAGCUGAAGGUCGCGCCGAAGGGCAUCGGGAAGGACCACAGGGACAUCGACCUGCUCAAGUGCCGCUCGUUCGCGGUCGUGCACAAGUUCGCGGAUAGGGAGGUGCUCGACCCCGGCUUCAAGGAGGAGCUCGCGCGGAUUGCGGGGGUCGUGCGGCCGUUCGUGCAUUGCUUGAAUGACUUGAUGACGAUCAGGGGAGGUGACGAUAGCGAUGACGACGACGACGACGGUGCAGAUGACGGUGCAGACGAGCAGGACGGAGAGGAUGAGUAG